AUGUCAUCACAGACUUCUUUUGGGAAUGACACAAAAAUUGAUGUCCAUGCUCCUGCAUCAACUUAUUAUACAACUGGCGAAAACGCAAGGAAUAGAACAAGAACUUAUACGAGACCUCGCCUUGAUACUCAAGCGAAUGGAACAAGUUUUGAAGGAACUCGUAGACGUCGCGCCUCUCAUGAUGAUAAGAAUAAAGCACGUAGAUUUUUAAUUGAUGUUGAAGAAACACAACGUAAAAUAUUGGAGCAAGAAGAUACAGAUGGUGAUUUUCAAAUUACUAUUAACGAUUUAGGGCCCAAGACGAUGUCCUUAGGUACUGCAGAUUCUGGCGGUUAUCGUAAGAUUGAUAUUCGUGGAACGUAUAUGCUUUCAAAUCUACUUCAAGAGCUUGCUUUAGCAAAUGACUACGGUAGAAAGCAUAUUGUGUUGGAUGAAGCAAGAUUGAAUGAAAACCCUGUUGAUCGUUUAUCUCGUAUGAUUAAGCAUAAUUUUUGGGAUGGUUUAACCCGCCGUAUUGAUGCAGAUUCAUUGGAGGUCAUUUGUCCUGAUCCAAAGAAUAGAUCUCCAAAUAAAAACCCUCGCAUCUAUGUUCCUUAUGAUGAUAAGGAUGCCUACGAAUUCUAUAAGAAAGUGAGCGAAGUUCGUAAACAUAUGAAACUUGAAGUUGAAUACUUACCAAAGGAAAUUACCGCAGAAUAUGUCAAGAGUAUCAAUGAUCGCCCUGGUUUGCUAACGUUGGCGAUGCGUAAAGUAAAAGAUGAGAAUGGGGAUGAGACGUUUGUAGGUGAACCCUUUGUUGUCCCUGGUGGUCGAUUUAAUGAAAUGUAUGGAUGGGAUUCUUAUUUUUCUGCACUAGGACUAUUAGAGGAUGGUCGUAUUGAGUUGGCAAGGAGCAUGGUUGAAAAUUUUGCUUACCAAAUUAAACAUUAUGGGAAAAUUUUAAACGCAAAUCGGUCUUAUUAUCUAUCUCGUUCUCAACCUCCCUUCUUGACAGAUAUGGCUAUUAAAGUCUAUGAACGACUUCAUCCAGAUGAUGAAGAAGAAAAUAAAGCUUGGCUAAGACGGAUACUUAAAUCGGCUAUUAAAGAAUAUUGGACAGUCUGGAUGUCUGAGCCAAGAUUAGAUAAGAAAACGAUGCUUUCAAGGUAUCGUCCUGAUGGCGCUGGUAUUCCUCCUGAAACGGAGGCCUCUCAUUUUGUUCAUAUUAUUGAACCUUAUGCUAAUAAAUACGGUAUAUCGGUUGAAGAAUUCAAUGAAAAGUAUAAUGAUGGUAUCAUUAAGGAGCCUGAACUUGAUGAAUACUUUUUACAUGAUCGUGCUGUACGAGAAUCAGGUCAUGAUACAACCUAUCGCUUUGAAAAGGUGUGUGCUAAUUUGGCUACGAUUGAUUUAAAUGCACUUUUAUAUAAAUAUGAAAUGGAUAUUGCAGAUGUUAUUCGUGACUAUUUAGAUGAUGACUUGGAAGACUUUGAUGGAAUAAAACAGAAAUCAGAGGAUUGGUUGGAAAGGGCAAAACAGCGUCGUGAACGUAUUGAUAGAUACUUGUGGAAUGAGAAAAAAUCACUUUAUUACGAUUAUGAUACUAUAAAGGAGGAACAGACAGAUUACGAGAGCGUUACUGCUUUUUAUGCACUUUGGGCAGGUUGUGCAAGUCAACAUCAAGCACAAGAGAUGGUGAAACAUUCGCUUUCAAAAUUUGAAGUAUUAGGUGGACUUGUGUCAGGAACUGAAGAAUCCCGUGGUGUAACGUCAUUAGAAAGACCCAAUCGUCAAUGGGAUUUUCCAUUCGGAUGGGCUCCUCAUCAAAUGUUAACAUGGGCUGGUCUAGAUAAAUACGGUAUGAGAGAAACAGCUUCAAGAUUGAGUUAUCGUUGGUUAUAUACAAUUACAAAAGGUUUUGUCGAUUUUAAUGGUGUUGUACCUGAGAAAUUUGAUGUUGUGAGUUUAUCUCAUAAAGUUGAAGUUGAAUAUGGUAACGUUGGAACAGAUUUUAAAUGUGUACCUCGAGAAGGCUUUGGUUGGAUGAAUGCUUCAUAUCAAGUAGGACUUAGUUAUCUUACAGUUCAAAUGAGACGAGCUUUAGGUACAUGUACUCUUCCUGAUCUAUUAUUUGAAAAGGCAAUGAUGAAAGAACAUCGUAUGCUAGGUCUUACACCCGAAGAAGAGAAAGCUGCUAUACUUCGUCGUCGUACUUCAACUGCAGCAGCUAGAGCCAUUACACGUAAUGGUAGUAUAAGUGCUGCUGUAACUCGUAUUUCAUUAACUGAUGGGCCCAAUAAUGCAGCUCAUUUUUAA